UGUUUAUGAAUUAUUGAAUAAUUCCAACAAGAUAGUACAAAGGUCCGCUCGACGUCGGUAGCUUGUCAGUUUUAUUUUCCAAGUUCAAUAUCUAGUACACGAGAAUAGUAAGCCAAUAGCUUCCACCCUCCAUCCAUUAUGCCACACAAACAUUUCAAUCUCACCACACUUUCAUUAUCCCACUACAUAUUAGAAUAGUUAUACUGAUACAAAAUAUCAAUUCAAAACAAACUCACAGUUUCACAUACUCACUCUCACACACUUCUAACAACAAGAAAAACAAGAUGAAAAAAGCACAACUGGUGUUUAUCCCUUCUCCUGGUGUUGGCCACUUAGUUUCAACUCUUGAGUUUGCUAAGCUUCUAAUCAACCGUGAUAACCGUCUCCGAAUAACCGUCUUGAUUAUCAAAUUCCCAAAUACCACAGAAACUGAUGCCUACACUAAAUCCCUUCCAAUCUUAGAUUCUCUCAAUGUCAUCAACCUUCCAGAAUGUUCUCUUCCCCCGAAUUCCAACCCAGGCUCCGCCAUGGCCGCUCUUCUUGAAGCUCAGAAACCAUACGUCAAACAAGCUGUCUCUAACCUCACUACUGGAGAAGGACAGCAUGGACACCUUGCUGCCUUCGUUGUUGAUAUGUUCUGCACCACCAUGAUUGACGUUGCCAAAGAGUUUUCCGUCCCUACGCUCGUCUACUUCACUUCCGGUGUUGCUUUCCUUGGUUUGAGCCUCCAUCUUCACACUAUCAAUGAACGAGACAACGUAGAUUCGACUCAGUUGCUGCAACUCACUGAGUUGGUUGUCCCAAGUUUUGCUAACUCGGUUCCGAUAAAAUCGUUGCCUAGUGCUGUGCUACUCAAGGAAUUGGAGUCGUUUAUGAUGGUCUAUUGGAAAGGCCUCAAGAAUGCCGAUGGCAUUAUAGUAAAUUCAUUUGAAGAGCUAGAAUCUCAUGCAGUUCACUCAUUUGUAUCCGAUGCAGAUCUAGCUAGUUUACCGAUAUAUCCGGUGGGUCCCAUACUAAAUUUGGAGCACAAAACCAAUGGCAUUGAUGGAUCUAAUGAUACCAUUAAGUGGCUUGAUGACCAACCUACUUCAUCGGUAGUUUUCCUCUGUUUCGGUAGUAGGGGUUCUUUCAAUGAGGAUCAGAUUAAGGAGAUCGCAUUGGCAGUUGAGAAUAUCGGUGUCCGUUUUAUAUGGUCUCUUCGAAAAUCUCCACCAAAAGGUUCAAUGGAUGCGCCCUCUGAUUACUCUCUUUUUGAUUUAGAUUUGAUUUUACCUAAAGGUUUUUUAGAUCGGACUGCAAAGAUUGGAAGGAUCGUUGGAUGGGCUCCACAAACUCAAAUAUUAGCCCAUCAUGCAACAGGAGGAUUUGUUUCGCAUUGUGGCUGGAAUUCAACACUCGAGAGCAUUUAUUUUGGUGUGCCUAUUGCCACUUGGCCUAUUUUUGCAGAACAACGGACUAAUGCUUUUCAAUUGGUGUGUGAGUUGAAGAUGGGUGUGGAGAUUGCAUUGGAUUAUAAUGUGGAGUUUAAUGGUGAGCCUAAUUAUCUUGUAACUGCAGACAAGAUUGAGAAAGGGAUAAGGAGUUUGUUGGAUAAGGAUGGAGAGGUAAGAAAGAAAGUGAAAAAGAUGAGUGAAAAAAGCAGGAAGACUUUGUUAGACGGAGGUUCUUCUUAUAUUUACUUAGCACGGUUGAUUGAUUAUAUUGUGAAUCAAGCAUCAAAUUGAGAUGGAGCAUGGAAAAAAUAGCUUUGCAGAGAGAUAGUAGUUUGCACGGAAUUUGAGACGCUAGCUUGCAAAGAGUGAGUCAAGAACUCAAGAUAUUCAAGUGCCAUCACCUAGUACAU